AUGUCUGGAAACGAUACUAUUUCGCCAAUAGAAUUAAUUGAUAAAUGUGUUGGACAUAAAAUUUGGAUACUUAUGAAAAAUGAUAAAGAAUUAUUAGGCACACUUAGAGGAUUUGAUGAUUUCUUUAAUAUGGUUUUGGAUGAUGUGAGCGAAUAUUAAUAUGUAGAUGGUGUUAAAAAGGAAAUAAAAACAGACUCGAUUUUGCUAAAUGGUGCAUAUAUAACUUUACUUAUACCAGGAGGUGAACCACUAUGA